AUGCAGGUGUCUGAAAUAUCGGUCUACGUGACCAAUGUAGAUGGACGAGUACCUGUGAAGAAAAGUCCACGAAAAGCAAAUAAGAGGCCCAAAUUAUCACGGAAAUGUCGGUUUGGUGAAAUGACCAAGUGUGUCUUUAUAAACAAAAAAAUAAUCUUCCUUACUCUGAUGGUUCUUGUUAUUGUAAUAAUAACCUGGACUUUAUUGUGGGUCUUUGUUUUGAGAACUCAAAACAACAGUGCUUUAUAUUUUGCUGGAUUAUUCCGCAUAGCUAAUGUUGAAUUUAUACCUGAAUAUCGGAGAAAGGAUUCCCCUGAAUUUCUGCACAUGGCAGAUAAAGUUCAGCAAGUGAUUAAUAAUGUUUAUCAAAAAUCACUUUUCUCCAAGUUAUACAAGCAAUCGACCAUUUCUGUCUUAAGUGAUAACAACAAUGGUGGGGUUCUUGUUUAUUUCUGGAUGGUCUUUGUGGUCCCAAAUGUGAAGGCUUUGUUUGUGUGUGAAGACUGUGUCAGUGCUAUCUUAAAGGACUCUAUCCAGACGAGCCUCGUAAACCGCACUUCGGUUGGUUACCUCCAUGGACUUCCUGUGGAUCUGGACUCGAUUGUUAUUAAUGCUGGCCUUCGUUCAGAUUACAUUGCUACAGCUACGACAGAUUCAAAAUAUGUCAUUGAUAAGUGUGCAGAACCGUCUGGCACUUCUGUCCCUCUGAACUUCUCUGCUACAUCGGGACAGGUGAAUUGCUACUUCAGGCUCACUUCUCUGUUAGGAUAUGUCAUUCGCCUCUCUGUCGUCAGCCUUCAGAUUGAACCCGACAAUUGUAUCACAGAUUCAUUCUAUAUUUAUGAUUCGCUUAUGCCUAUCAGAAGUAGAAAACUAUACCGAGCCUGUGAACCCUUUGGUUCUUCCCCAGUUUCUUUCGUAUCUACUGGCAAUGGCAUGUUUCUGUCAUUCAACUCCCUCAGGUUGUACGGAAAGAAAGAAUUAAUGGGCUACUUUGAAGCAAUUCCCAAGGAAAAAUUAGAAAGCACUAUACUGUCAAAAGAUGGAACAAGAUUGGAGGGAAACAUAACCAGCCCAUAUUAUCCAAGUUAUUACCCUCGAAAGUGUAGCUCUACAUGGAUAUUUAAGACUUCUGCACCAUCUUUUGGGUUAGCAUUGAAAUUUCACAACUACACCUUGAAGGAAAAGGGAAUUGAAGGAUGUGAUCAUGGCUGGUGGAAAAUUAAUGAAAAAAUGUACUGCGGCUAUCAAAUAGACCAUCAGACAGUGUUCCACGUAACUAAUUUCCUGGUUAGUAUCACAUUCCAGUGCAGUGGAAAACAAUCAAGCAAGGCUUUCCUGGCAGAGUACAGCAGCUACAACAUCAGCCAACCCUGUCCUAAUGGAUAUUAUGUCUGCUCCACUGGUCUGUGCAUCCGACAAUCUCAACGUUGUGAUGGAUCAGAUGACUGCUUUGAUGAAAGUGAUGAAGUAUUUUGUUCUCUGCCUUCAAAGGUGUGCAACACAAGUUCUCCAUGGUAUCAUCACUACUUCAUCUGUAAUGGAUUCAAAGAUUGUGAGAAUGGUGCAGAUGAAUUUAAUUGCACAGACUCUGUUCCUUGUACAAACAUUACCUAUAAAUGCAAGAAUAAUCUGUGUAUUCUGAAGAAGAAUGCUAAAUGUGAUGGGACUAUCGACUGCUUGGAUGGAAGUGACGAAAUGAGUUGUGAUUGUGGCAAUAAAAUACAGCACGGAAGUCGAAUUGUAGGAGGAUCUAGUGCUCAAGACGGAGAGUGGCCUUGGCAAGUCAGCCUUCACUUCUCCGGAUCGCCCUAUUGCGGAGCCUCAGUGAUAACAAAGGAAUGGCUUCUAUCUGCAGCACACUGCUUCCAAGGGGACAAGAUGUCCGAUCCCAGACCAUGGGUGGCUCAUUUAGGAAUGCAUACUCAAGGAAAUGCAGGGUUUAAGAGUGAGCUUAAACGGAUCCUUGUCCAUGAGUACUACAAUGGCCGGAACUUUGACUAUGAUAUUUCGCUGUUAAAACUGAAAACACCUUGGCCAGACAGACUAGCAUCGACAAUCCAACCAAUCUGCGUCCCUUCACUGGCUCAAGUGGUACCAAACGGAGAGAGAUGUUGGGUCACUGGCUGGGGACAAAAACAAGAAAUGGAUAACAGUGACCCUACCGUUCUUCAACAAGCAGAGGUUGAGAUCAUAAAUCAGUCUCUCUGUCGUUCCACCUAUGGACUUAUCACCCCACGGAUGCUGUGCGCAGGAUUAUUAUCUGGCAAAAGAGACGCUUGUCGUGGUGACUCCGGAGGACCAUUAUCUUGUCAAGAAAGAGCUGGUGGAAGGUGGUUUCUCACUGGUAUUGUCAGCUGGGGUCAUGGAUGUGGAAGACCCAAUUUUCCAGGGGUCUAUACAAGAGUAUCAAAGUUUGCUACCUGGAUCCAGCAACAUGUCUCUGCUUUGCCAAAAACUGAUGAGCUCGCAUAG